AUGACCCAGUCCAACGGCAACUCGGUAUCGUCGGCGUCGGAUCCAUAUCGCCUCAAUCGCAAUGUCGCGGCUUCGACCCGUCUGAGCCUCCAGCAUUACAUCUGGAAGGAGAACAUGGGAUAUCUCUUGCACCCGUGCAUUGAUGUCUCCCGCCCAGAUCUCGCCAUUGCCGACGUAGGAACGGGCACUGGAAUUUGGAUCCUCGACCUCCUCCGUCAACUCCCCAACGCAAAGCUCCACGGCUUCGACAUCUCGAGCGAGCAGUACCCCGCCCCCGGGUUCCUUCCUCCUAAUGUAUCCCUGAGCAAGCUCGAUAUCUUGGGCGAGAUCCCGGAAGAAUACAGAGAAAAGUUCGAUGUUGUCCAUGCGCGACUGCUCGUGCAAGUGGUCAACCAAGCAGGCAGCGAUCCAGUGCCCGUCAUACAGAACAUGAUGAAACUGCUCAAGCCCGGUGGCUACCUGCAAUGGGAGGAGCCCAAUGACGACGCGAGCAAGCGCCCGAUCGUUAAGGCCGACCCUGCCAAUUCAUCCGAGAAUGCCGAAAAGCUGCUGCAGCGCCUUGAUGCUCGUUUCCGCGCCGCCACCCCCGCGUCAUGGUCCGUGGCUCUAGCAGAAACAUUCAAGGAACAAGGCCUGAAGAAUGUGGUCCGGGAGGAAUUCUCAACCGACACCUACCUACUGUUGCUGGACCAGACGAAUUACCUCGGCCUGUUUGGGGAGCUGAUCAGCAAGCUAGACGGAGACCUCAAGGAGGAGCUCUCCAAACUGCAUGCCAACACAGUUGUUGAGGCCAGAAACGGUCUUUCGUGGAAGGUGCGCCGCUUUGCUUUCGUGGGACAGAAGCCUUGA